GCAACAAGCCACCGGCACCUGGAAAUUUUUGAAGAAGACAUCUGGGGGCGUGGACGCUCUGCACCAUCUUGCUUUUGAUUGUCACGUCCAGAUGAUGCAUAUUUUCAAUCUAAACGAAGAGAAUUGUUGUAAACUGACCGAUAUCCUUGGUGACGCUCACCCGGAACACUUGAUUGCCUCAAUCGAUGCUCCCGAAACAUCCUUCGAUCCAUUCUUGGACUUAUCCCCCGCUUCCGAGCUGACGAGUGUCUUUCUAAGAAUCGCUAUUUCUAAAGAGCUGACUGUAAUGGACGAUCUGCUAGAGCAUCUUUGUGCCGGUUUAGGAACCUCAAAUUCCAUGCGCUUUCUGAGGCUCGAAGUCAAGGACCAAACUUCAGGCAUUAGGGACAUAGACGACUACUACGAUUCAGACGGGGUAUAUCAUAGUUGCCUUUACCAGUCUGAUUCAUCUGCCAUUGCUGUAUACUUGCAAUCCAUGGAUGUGGCCGACGUUGCAAGCCGGAUUGUGGAUGCAGUUCCUACUUUGGAAUCAAUAUCAAUUCGCCACUGCGGACAUCCCGGUUCCAUACCCUGGAUGUUCUGGAAAGUGACUCGGCCUGCCAACGGUGAUCCGCGCCUGGAGACAGUUUCAUUCGAGAGCUACAUUGAAUCCUUGCGGAGGAUCGACCUGCCAUCCCAGUGGUAUACAAACGACUGAGGGAUGACAAAAAUAGACUGGGGGUUGGAAAUCCAUUAGUCGAUCGUCUCGAACUACGUUACAGACGCUGCAAGUUCGCGUUCUAUUACUCCUGCAUUCAUAGAUCCGGCAUCUUCACCUACGUAGAAAAUGGCAUUAUAGCUACAUUCAGAGCAUUAGGUCCUCCGUCUCGUUCACGUCAAAAGCCCUGGUUCAUAGCCUCUACUAGUGUGUUAGGCGUAG